AAGAAUCUUCCAGCAGGUCAGCGCCACCACUUGAAUAUUUGAGUCGAGUUUUGAUCAUGUCGUCUGCUCUUGUGUUCGCCUUCGUCUGUCUACAAGUCAGUCUCGUCUUUGGUGCUUGCCCUCAUAUCAUCAAAAGGGCGGACUGGGGCGCCAGAGCCCCCCGUAGCGUCACCCACCUUGCCGGCCCCGUCCACUACUCCUUCAUCCACCAUUCCGCUGGUCCUGACUGUCAUGACAGAGCGACAUGCCAGGCGCAAGUUAAAGCCUUCCAGAACUAUCACAUGGACACACAUGGUUGGCCGGACAUCGGCUACACCUUUGUGAUUGGAGGCGACGGUUCCAUCUUUGAAGGUCGAGGCUGGAAUGUUGUUGGCGCUCACACACUCAACUACAACAGUGUUGGAUACGGUUAUUGUUUUGUGGGCACCUUCACGAGUCACGUGCCCACGGCUGCUGCCCAGAAGGCCGUCAAGGACCUGAUCGCCUGUGGUGUGGAGCUGGGCAAGAUCCAGGCCAACUAUGUCCUGAGAGGACACAGGGACAUGGGCAGCACAGCAUGUCCUGGUACAGCAUUCUACAACCUCAUCAAGACCUGGCCACAUUACUAAUUAGUCUAAUUAAAGAUCUCGCAGAUUUUACAACCUCAUCAAGACCUGGCCACACUACUAAUUAGUCUAAUUAAAUAUCUCGCAGAUUUUACAAUCUCAUCAAGACCUGGCCACACUACUAAUUAGUCUAAUUAAAUAUCUCGCAGAUUUUACAAUCUCAUCAAGACCUGGCCACACUACUAAUUAGUCUAAUUAAAUAUCUCGCAGAUUUUACAAUCUCAUCAAGACCUGGCCACACUACUAAUUAGUCUAAUUAAAUAUCUCGCAGAUUUUACAAUCUCAUCAAGACCUGGCCACACUACUAAUUAGUCUAAUUAAAUAUCUCGCAGAUUUUAGUAUCGAAUCAAGACCUGUCAAUACUAGUUGUUAGUUCUAUUACGGUUCAAAUAAAUUGUUGUUCGGUGUGAUUGA